CGUCCUUUUCAGGAACCGGUUGCCUCAAAUUUUGUAAUUGUGGUCAGUUUGGCGUUCGUUGCCAAGUCAAGUUUGAAUGUGACUUUUGCAGUAUGUUUGAAAUUUGGGAGAAAAAUUUUCAAUCAAUAAUGAAAACUUCUCAGAAUAAAAGUGGUUCCGUUAUGCUGUUCGAUUAUUUUGAGCCUGAUUAAAUAUUGCGAGAAUUACAAAUUCCUUCCAAAAACAUACCAUUAAAAAGUUAAUCAAAUUACGGUGAAAUUCUAUUUCACCAUCACGCGAAAUACUAGUGACGCCGUUAGUGAAAAAUCAACGUCAACCAACAGCCCGCGGUGAUGUUUUUUUCUCCUUUCACAUUUAUAUAUUCAUUUUGCGUUGCAGUUUUUCCACGACUUCGUUUUAACAUCCACGUGAAUUUCGAGAAAUGUCCUUUGAUGGCAGAAAAAAAUCGGAACGUGGGAUGCUGUUAUCGAAUGCUGGUGCUCCAGUGAAAACUCAAUCAUCCCCCCAUACUCUUCGGGUGUUCGAGAGAUGCAAAAAAUAAAACGAAGGAACGAAAAACUAUCGGUUCCUACUCAGAGCUCUGCGCGUUAUUAUUCUGCCGGAUCAAGUCUCGGUAUUUGAAACUGCGACGUAAAAUAUCAAAACCCCACCGAGUGUCUGGUUUGGUGCCAUCAGUCAGUUAGUUGCUGGGCGAGACAAGCUUUGUGAUGUAACAACCAUCGUUAACAGAUUGUGCUUAGAAAUGGUUGAUUUCAAGGAAAUUUGGUUCUGAAGCCCAGAACACUGCGUUUCUGCAAGCUGCUUAGCCAGCAUUCCCAUAAAACCCCACUCGACUCGUUUCCCAUGCUUCGACACGAGACAGAUGCAAGAAAACGGCGGCUGCUACGUCAAAAAAAAACAAACGAAAAAAAAAGCCAAACAAACAAACCGUCCGUCAGCACCCACGCAAUCAAUCACCAAUCAAUGGACUGGCAGUAACACACCGUUACUUACACGUCACCAAACCAACAGUACCACCACACCCAGAAACCGAGCCUCAGCCUGCGAAGAAUCGCUUAGUACAUCAUCAGAAGUACCACUUCAACACAGCCCUAGUUCGGUGCCAGCCGCAAAUCUGGUUGUUCCAAGUCCUGGUUCACCCAGGGCGCUUGCUGGCACCAGACACCUGUGUAUUUCACAGGCAAGUACACCACCGCAUAUCCAACCCGAACAUAUUUCCGAUGCACCGUACCUUUCAGCACCCACGCAAUCAAUCACCAAUCAAUGGACUGGCAGUAACACACCGUUACUUACACGUCACCACAGCAAUAGUACCACAACACCCAGAAACCGAGCCUCAGCCUGCGAAGAAUCCCCUAGAACAUCAUCAGAAGUACCACUUCUACACAGCCUUAGUUCGGUGCCAGCCGCAAAUCUGGUUGUUCCAAGUCCUGGUUCACCCAGGGCGCUUGCUGGCACCAGACACCUGUGUAUUUCACAGGCAAGUACACCAACGCAUAUCCAACCCGAACACAUUUCCGAUGCACCGUACCUUUCAGCACCCACGCGAUCAAUCACCAAUCGAUGGACCGGCAUUAACACAUCGCUACCCACACGUCGUCACGGCAACAGCACCACAUCCAGAAAUAGAGCCCCAACCAGCGAAGAAACCUUGGUCCUCCAAUGGAACGUGUGCGGCGCCAACCCACGCAGAACCGAAUUACAACAACUUAUCAGCCGGUACGAUCCUGUAGCUAUAGCCAUCCAAGAGCUUCGCACACCGAACCUUAACGGAUAUUUGACUGGGUAGCAUAUCCAUGAUAAUUGUCGAUUGUUUAAGAUAAAUCUUCUCCAAAUGAUCAAACCUGGCCGCAGCGCGUCCAUCCUCGCUGAAAGAGGAGGCUGAAACUCAAAUAGGUGGGAAAGUAACUGCCGGACGGUGGCGCAGCCUGUAAACCCUGUGUAAGUAGGCUGAAGCAACAAGCAAGGUUUCAAGCAACUGCUUUCAGGCUACCGAAUUGCAUUAAAAGAACGCAGUGCAGAAUUUAAUUGAAUGCCGAACGAUAGUCUAAAGUUAUCCGGAGGGACGCAACGUUUCAAUUCUUUGAAUUGUGAUUCGUUAACCUGGUUUUUAGGCUAAAACCACUGAAUGUAUAUUUAGCAACUUUCAACGAAGGAGCUAAACUCAACAGAGUGACUCAUUCGUUAACAGCAAAAAUGAAUAAUUGUCAAACAGAGCCCGAUAACACUACACGGGGACAGCUAAACACCAAUCAAUUUCUCGGAACAAAAUUGUAAAACUGUCCAGUAGUCCAGCACGAGAAAUCGAGGGAGAGAAAGAGCCGCGCCUUAACCCUUUUUCGGUGGCAAAACACCUGCCCACCUAAACCGAACCGAACAAACCUUUUCGAUUGCGGUGCGCCAAAAUGUUCUGGUUCUGGAGCGGGGCGACGCGGCGGCGUCGGCGGCAAGCGACGAGGAACCUGUAAUUCUAUACAGAAGGAAUCGGUCCUAAAGGUAAUGUACCUUUUGGGCUCAUGGCGUGGCACUGGCAGUUCGUUUUCCUGAAUGUUGCGCGAGCCAGCACCAACCAGCAGUAGCGAUGACUUUUGACCAAACAACAAAACCGUAGGACGACGACGGUUGGCCGCACCAUCACUUGCGGCGGGUAAGCUGACAACAGCACCAACAACAACUCAGUAACAACAACCCCUUAAAAAGAGUGUAAUGUAAUAACACCACCUUCGUUGCCGCCUGGUUUUGAACCCUUCCUUCGGAUCAUCAGUUGUUGCGGAUGCACUUUAAUCUGGCGCUCGAUGCAGGAAAAUACCUACCUACAACAAGGAUAACAGACACCCGACCCUAACCUAACGCCAGUUUCGGUUUCAAACUUUGUCUGAGGGGGCGGCCGGCGGCGGAGCUUUACUCGCACCAACACAAAGUUACUCGAUUUGGUGGAGUUCCGUUUCCUUCUAAAGAAAGGGUUGGUUUGAGUGAGUUCCUUUCCGAUUUUGGCACGGUAGUGUUAGUGCCGAGUUCCCCGGGUGCCAUCGUGAGUUACUCUCUAACCGCACAGCGUACGUAACGUCGAUAACCGACCAUGGACAAGAAGACGGCGACGACCGAUUCUACAUUAUUUACUUGUGCCGGGACACCGGCGUCGCAGAACAUGCAGACAAAAAGUGCCGGAGAAUACAUAAACGCGUCGUCGUCGACAACGACCCCCCUUUUUGCUGUGUGUAGCCUCUGUCUGCCUGCCAGCCGCCACGGCUGACUAGAUGGGUAGCCGUAGUGUAGACGGACGGACGGACGAACGAGUAGGUUCUCUCUUUCUCUUGAUCCGUGUUUCGUCGUCUGCUUGCUUUGGUCUCGUUGCUAGGUUGGGUUUGGGUUGGUUUGUUGAUUGGAAGAGAGAAAACGACGACGACGACGCCGCCGCCGGUGAGCGACUCAAACCCUCUGCUGGAAGUUAACUUGCUUGCUGCUGCUGAACGGAUGGAUGGGGCUCCAACUGCUGCCGGGCUGGGGCGAAUGCGCCAGGAAUGGGAUAGGUCGGAUCGGGAGAAUUGCAAGCCGGGGUGGAUCACCGGGUUAUUGAACGACUGGCGCGAGACUCUCCACCACUCGCUUUUGCUGAUGAUGGAGCUGGCGACAAGCGGAGUGCGGCGGCACACACAAUCGCAGGAGGAUUGUUGCUGUUGCUGCUGCUGCUUUUGGCGAGCCAGAAUUGAGGAAGAAGUCAGACGGCACGGUAGGAAGCCAC